AAUCCUCGCCGACGCAUUCAUCUGCAAUCAUCGGGUUAACCCUAAUUCUCCUAUUCUCCGAUACGUUUGUUUCCCGAUUCGAGAUGUUUCUAUCGCCUGGCCACUCUCCACGUCAUCUAUCUUCUCCGACGCCGUCUUCUAACGCCGACGAUGGUCUCCGAUCGACCCCUCGCAUCUCCUCCUCCUCCUCCUCCUCGGAGAUCACGCCUAGAAAGCGGAUGAGAGUCCUCGACGAGGACGCUUACGUCGAAGCGAUCGAGAAGAUCAUCGAGCGAGACUACUUUCCGGAUAUAACGAAGCUCAAAGACCGGCUCGACUGGAUCCAGGCGGUUAAAACCCGUGACCCGGUCCAGAUCCGAGACGCUCAGCUGAAGAUCAUCGAGAGGCGUGGGAAGAAGGCGAAUCAUAACGGUGGGGACACGGUGGGUAAGACUCAGACUCAGACUCCUGGAUCUACUUUCUUGAGAAACUUCACUCCUUUAGAUGAGUUUGAUGGUAAAACCCCUAGAGAAGAAGUAGAAGUAGUGGUUGCCGAUGAUGGUGUUGAAGAUGUAGAUGUUAACAUGUCGUUAGAUGAGUUCUUUAGGAGGUACACUAGCGAGGAUAACGAUAGCUUUUCCAAGAUUCUUGAGAAGGUUAAUAAGAGGAAGAAGGAGAAGUAUAACUAUCUCCUUGAAGGUGAGAAUAAGGAUGUUGAUUUGAAGAGAGAUAGGAUCACUGACGGUUACGGUACGUCUUAUCAGCCGCCGAGUACUUUAGAAGGAUGGAAAUACACACCGAAGAAUCUCCUCAUGUACCAUCCGGCUGACCGCGGCGAGGCGGCAUUAACUGAAGAGGAGAGGGCUGUGAGGUUAGCUGGGUUGACGAAAGAGAUUGCGAAAGGGAACACUCGUUUUCAAGGGAAGACGAUUGAUUCUAGGCCGAGGGAAGAUGGUUCUGUUGAGAUUCUCUACACUCCUAUCGCGGGCUCUUCACCUAUGCAGGUUAGGGAUAGAGACAAGUCUAAGAGGUAUGAUCUUGAUGAUCUGAGGAAAACGCCGAAUCCUUUCUAUGUGGAGUCGGAUAAAAGAGCGGGUAAUGGGUAUAGUUUUGUUAGAACGCCGUCUCCUGCACCUGGUCUUGAUGAAUCGCCGUUUAUAACGUGGGGUGAGAUCGAAGGGACGCCGAUGAGAUUAGACCCCGAGGAUACACCUAUCGAUAUUGGUGGUAGUGCUGAUGGACCUCACUAUAAUAUUCCAUCUGCGCCUGCGAGAGAUGUGACGGCUCAUUCUUUGUCGAGGGACGCGUCGAGGAAGCUGAGAGAGAGGUCGAACAGUAUGUUUAAGAAGCCUCCGUUGCCGUCUCCUCAUCAUCGGAGUGGGAGUGCGAGUCCGAAUGUUAGGACGCUUUCGCCGGCUGCUCAGAAGUUUUACAGACGGGCGAUAGGGAAAUCGUCUUCUACCGUUGAUGAGAGCCUUCGUGCGAGUUAUCGUGGAGCGAGUCCUGGUGGUGUGACUCCUAAGAGUGUGAGAAGUGCUUCUAGGUUCGGGAAAGAUAGGCUCACCUCUGGUUCAAGGUCGCCUUGAUUGUGCAAAUGUUAUAUGAUGUUGAAUACUUGUGGCAACAAAGGUACUUCUUCUUGUACUAGAUAAGCUGCUUGUGUGCCAAGUUAUGUUGACUCUUUUCAAAUGGAAUACUAUCUCUCCUCGCAUUUGUAAUUUUAAUUUCCACAGCUUCUCUUUUUUUCUUAGUAGCUCAUUUUAUACUCCCAGGCUGUAAUCGCUUACCCUACUUCAAUAUUACAACAUUAUCACAA